UAAAUAUGCAUUUCUUUAUUAAACGCAAUACGACAUUGUGCUUGUGUUGUAUUCUUAAGAAUGGCACAAAAUGUACCUGUUGUGGGCUCCGAAAACGAGAUAGGGUCUAAAAUUUCAACGUUCGCAGUUAUUGACUUAGAGACGACAAAUUUGCCACAAUACAAUCAAAAUCGAGUUAGCAUCACUGAGAUGUGCAUUUAUGCUUUCGAUUCUGCGAUUUUGAAAGAUAAUCCAACGGAGAGUCUGGAACUACGAGACGAUGUGUCACCCGAAUUAUGCCAGGAGCCACCCCGACCGCCCAGAGUGUUGCACAAAUUGAAUUUACUCUUCCAACCCUCAAUGGCAGUUAAUCCAGUAAGUGAGCAUAUUACUGGAUUAAGCAAUUAUCUGCUGGAACGAGAAUCCAAGUUAAACGAAAAUGCCGGUCAACUGGUUUUAAGGUUCAUUGAGCAUUUGCCAGCUCCAGUUUGUUUGAUUGCUCACAAUGGAUGGCACUUUGAUUUUCCUAUUAUAAGGAAGUCUUUUGAUAAGCUCAAUAUACAGUUUCCAGCCUCAUUGCGUUGUGUGGACUCUCUUCGCGCCUUUAUGGAAAUUGACGAUAAGCGAAAUGAAGAUUUAUGUAUGCGAAAAUCAACGACAUCCAUUGUGGAGCCUGAAUCCAAACCGUCUAGUUCCAAAGAAGUUGACUUUGAGGCACGGAAUAACAAGACACCAGAGCGUCCAACCUUGCCACGUGACGAAGCUGUACGAAAACGCAAGCGUUUAAGCGACGGUUGUGAUGAUGAAGACAUUAUUGAUCUGACAUUAGAUUCACCUGUAAAACGUACGCCGCAAAAAUUUCGAUCUCGACGUCAACUGUUUGAGGGCUUAAAAUGUGCCACGACUAAGCGUAUUCCACCGCAAGGUUCCUAUAGAUUGGGUAACUUGUUUUACAAAACCUUUAGUCGUCCAGCUAUCGAUGCACAUCAAGCUGAGGCCGAUGUCCAAAUGCUCACACAGCUGGUGCAACAUUAUGGUACUGAUUUUUUAGCCUUUGCGGAAGAGCAAUCCAUUCCAUUCAGCGAAGUUAUACCACUUGGCGGGACGAUUAGGAAUAACAAAUAACCAAAACAUAUUAUAGGAAAUUGCAUGUUUAUUUUUAUUAAUGUAGAUAGAAUAUGACUCUUUGUAAACAAAUUUUAAAAUUAUAUAUUUUUGUAAUGUGUACAAGUGGAAUA